GAAACCAGAGAUGAAGGAGUGAGACAUCACUCUCUCAGAGAGGAUCUUCUUUAGUUUAAACCAGAGAUGAAACUGAAGUUUCUUCAGUCUCUUCACCAUCAACUCCUGCAGCUUCUGGUCCAGGUCUUGGUCUCCAGGUCCAGGUCUUACAGUCCAGGUCCAGGUCCAGGUCCAGGUCUAGGUCUGGUAUCAGGUCCAGGUCUCCGGGAUCAUGAAGGACCAGAACUUCAACGACGAGAUCCUGAAGAUUCUGGACGAAGCUCCGACUUCCAGAAACGCCCUGAAGGGAAACUACGAGAACCUGCUGGCGGUGGCCGAGUACUGCUGCACCAACUAUGUUCAGGCGGGCGACUCCGGCCUGACGGCGCUGGAGGAAACUAAGAAGUUCACCACGCAGUCGCUAGCCAGCGUAGCGUACCAGAUUAGCACGCUGGCUAGCAGCGUGCUGAGCCUGCUGGACGCGCAGACCAAUCAGCUGAGCCGCAUGGAGUCGUCCAUCAACCUGAUUGGACAGACGGUGGAGAUGCACAAGGAGAAGGUUUCCCGGCGGGAGAUCGGCGUCUUCACGGCGGUGCGGAGAGUUCCGCGCGGCCACAAGGUGAUUCCUCCGGCCAGCCCGACGCCCCGCCCACCUUACAGCCGCCGGCCAAUCAGCUACCAGCAGCUGGACGAGCUGGGCCACGGCAUGAAGGUUGCCGGGAAACAGCCGGACAAAGCCGGAACCAUCCGGAAACACGGAGCCUCCGUCAGGUCCAACAAGAACCCAGAACCGGUCCAGUGUCCUGUAGCCCCCCCUGGUGGCCCGGUGGCCCCCCCUGGUGGCACGGUAGCUCCUGGUGGCAGCUCCAGCUUCGGGAAGCCCGUGGCUCCGCCCACAAUCCCGCCCACCUGGCAGGCUCCGCCCGACUGUGACAUCAUCACCUCCCUGCUGGACGAAGCCCCGCCCCCUCCACCGCUGACCAGUGAUGAUGAUGUCACUUCCUCCUCGGCCCCGCCCCCUCCUCCUCCUCCUCCUCCUGAUUCGUCGGGAGGGAUGUUGGCCCCGCCCCCUCCUCCUCCGCCUCCCCCUCCUUCAACGGCCAAUCAGAGCCCUCCGGCUCCGGCUCCGCCCCCAAACCUGGGACUGGAGACAGUGGUGGAGGAGAACGGGCUCCUCCCUCCUCCCCCUCCCCUCCCUGAUGACGAGCUGCUGGCCCCGCCCCCUCCGCCGCUGGCCCCGCCCCCUCCAGUCCAGGACGUAGACGCAUGCUCUGCUUCAGCGGCGCUGCAGCCCCGGAGGAGCCGCCGCCGCGGCUCGCCGCCCGCCGCUCGCUCCGCCUCCCUGAGGGUCCGAUCAGGCCCCGCCUCCCGCCGCCGAAGCCACGCCCACUCCCUCUUCCUGCCCGCCGUCCAAUCACUCAUGAUCCCCCCUCCCCCUCCCUACCCCCCUCCUCUGGCCCCGCCCACUCAGGCCCCGCCCACUUCCUCUUCCUCUUCUGCUCUGCUGCGUCGCUGCUCCUCUUCCUCACCGCGGCUACCGGCUAGCCUGGAGCACCUGGAUCUGGAGAUUCCAGCCCCGCCCCCUUUCCUGGGGUUUGAUGACAUCAUGCCGCCAGGGGCGGGGUUUGAUGACAUCAUGCCGCCAGGGGCGGGGUUUGAUGACAUCAUGCCGCCAGGGGCGGGGUUUGAUGACAUCAUGCCGCCCCUCCCCCCCCCGGUGGAUUACGACACGGACGUCCCCCCGGAGUUCCUGGAGAAAGUCGUAGUGCUGCACGGCUACGUAGCUUCCAAACCGGAUGACCUGUCCAUCGCCGAGGGCGACGUCAUCUUCCUGACGCAUCGCCAUGACGACGGCUGGUCCGAGGGCUUCUUAAAGGGCCGGCGCGGAUUCUUCCCAAACAACUUCGUUCAAUCGUGGACGGGCUGAGCCGCCGUCGCCGUGGAAACGCCUCUCCAAUCAGCACCCGGGAUACGUUUAGAAUGAUUUAAUAGAUAAAACUCACGAUUAAAAAGUCUAGAUUCAUGGAUUCACUCACCUGGAAGGAGUCGAGUUGUUGUAAUUAAUAACAGAAAUAAAGUUUAUUUUACUGAAACCAC